AUGUCCUCAGCCCUUCCGCUAAGGCUCGGUUCCCCAGCUGGUGGUGCAUCUGGAAAGAUGACUCCUACAGAUGCAUCGCGCAUACAGUCCACACAGACCAAGAAGGGCAACGACGUUGGAAAGAGCACCUUCACUUCUCGUGUUCAGAGCGCUGCUUCCCGCAACGCAGCUGGUACCCCUCCCGCCCCCGCUACCACGACCCCGAGCCAACCCAAGGGUGCAAAGGGUGCAAAGGCUGUAUAA